CCUCGCGUUCCCUAGCGGAACCUUCCAACGCGGCGCCAGCUGGUCCAGCCCGGAGCGCCUGCAAAGCUAGGAGCUAUUUCCGGCGCAGGUUUCUGCGUUUCUGCGCAGGAGCCGCGAGCGUCCAUGGCGGGCUUGGAGGUCCUCUUCGCGUCGGCCGCGCCUGCCAUCAGCUGCCCACAGGACGCGCUCGUCUGCUUCCUGCACUGGGAAGUGGUGACAAACGGCUACUAUGGCUUGGGCACAGGCGACCAGGUCCCAGUGAUAAGAAGUCAGAACUCCUGCCAGCUAAGUGGAGCAGCAAUAAAGAACUGUAUGUCCUCCGGUAUGAGUCUAAGGAUGGGACCAAAAAACUCCUUCUGAAAGCUGUGUCUGUGGAGAGCGCCAUGAUCAUCAACGUGCUGGAACAUGGUACACAGCAGGUGGCAGACUUGACUCUGAACUUAGAUGAUUAUAUUGAUGCAGAAGACCUGAGUGAUUUCCACAGGACCUACAAGAACAGUGAGGAGCUUCGGUCUCUGAUCAGAUCUGGAAUUAUCACACCUAUCCAUGAGCAGUGGGAGAAGGCUCGAGUAAACAGUCCCCAUCGGGAGUUCCCACCUGCCACUGCCAGAGAGGUGGACCCACUCCGGAUUCCCUCACACCAUCCUCACCAUAGCCGGCAGCCUCCUUGGCGUGAUCCCCUGAGCCCAUUUGCUGUCGGGGGAGAAGACCUAGACCCCUUUGGGUGUCAAAGAGGUGGCAUGAUUGUGGAUCCCCUGAGAUCUGGCUUCCCAAGAGCACUUAUUGACCCAUCCUCGGGCCUCCCGAACCGGCUUCCCCCUGGUGCUGUGCCCCCAGGAGCUCGCUUUGACCCCUUUGGACCCAUUGGGACCAGCCCAUCUGGACCUAAUCCAGACCAUCUCCCCCCACCGGGCUACGAUGACAUGUACCUGUGAAGGCCUCAAGAAUGUAACACCUCAGCCUCCCCUGCACUCUCCCGGAGCUGCCAUCACUGGCCCCAUCAGUGCUCGUGUUCUCGUGGGCUCAGGGCAGAGGAUUCUGCCCAUGUGUUUGCAGGCCCGCUGGGGUUGCAUCCCCAGUCCUUGUCAGAACCGAGGUGCCUGCCGCAGCACUCCACCCAGCUGCAUAUAGGUCCCAAGGAGAAAUCAGUGUGUGUCUAUCAUCACCAGCUCCUCCCCACUUCCAAGGGAGACUCCGGCAACAUAAACCCUCCACCCGCUGCAGUCCCGGUCACAGCGCUAUAAGAACAGAACGCAUUUUGGAUGUUAUUAUUAAGAACCAAAUGUCAAUACAGAAUUCAUGUUGCCGGUC